AAAAAAAGAAAAAGAAAAAGGGAAAGGGGUUUGAUUGAAGAUCGGUGUCAUGCGCGAAGUCCCGACGUACUGUGCGAGUGGGAAGAUGCGAUCGUAGGACCGAUUUCACGACCUAUUAUCAUUUUUUUUGCAUCCGGUUGUUUAGAUCAGUAGGAACUCUAUAGUCUUGGUGAAAUGCUUGAUGUAUAGUUGCAACAUGUGGAACUUUGCAUCAAGAUGUAUAGCUGGAAAUGUAGGAUCAAAGAGUGAUCUGUUGAAGCGAACGCGAGAUUCAUUGGAUUGCUCAGAUGAUGAAGGCUCUUCCAUCACCAGCAGAGAGGAGGGCUUGGAGUGCCCAAUAUGCUGGGAAUCCUUCAACCUCGUUGAGAACAUCCCCUAUGUGUUAUGGUGUGGACAUACGCUGUGCAAAAACUGUAUCCUCGGGCUUCAAUGGGCUGUUGUGAAAUUCCCGACUCUACCUCUCCAGCUCCCGCUCUUUAUAUCCUGCCCUUGGUGCAAUCUCUUGUCAUUUCGCUUGGUCUAUCGAGGGAACCUGAGAUUUCCUUGCAAAAAUUUCUUCCUUCUCUGGAUGCUCGAGAGCAUGAAUGGUGAUAGACUGAAAUCUCAUUCCUCAAACUGCACAGAUCAUGAAACUUCUUGGCCGUCAAGUGUGAAAGCUUCCAGAAGCUACACUAGAAAUGAACAGAGGAGGGGGCAUAGCAUUCAUCAUCUUGAAUCAUCAGAAUCUGCUCAUGAUACCAAUCAGUUCCACGGUUCUGAUGCAAUCGAGAGGCUACAGUUAUCUCUGAAAAAGUCCCUCAUCUUCUUCGUUCACCUGACUGCCAAGUUCCCACUUGUGAUCAUGUUUCUUCUCAUCAUACUCUAUGCAGUACCCGCAAGUGCAGCCAUCUUGGCCCUGUACAUACUCAUCACUGUCCUCUUUGCAGUCCCGUCUUUCCUCAUUCUGUACUUUGCAUAUCCGAGCCUGGACUGGUUAGUGAGGGAGAUCAUCACAUAAUAUCCUCUCUCAUUUUUAUCAGUGCCUAUGAAAUCUACCUUAGCGCAGAACACUACGUAUCUACCGUGGAUUUUAGACCUUUGCAGGGUGUGGCAUUCCUUAGUGUCGAGCUUUCUACACUUGCACAAACUCUUUUACUUGUGUGCUAAAGUUAGUGUUCUAAGCACAUCGAAUCUUGAUUGCUACCCUGGAUUACCCUAAAUUCUGUAUUUAUGAUUACUGCUUUACGGUAUCUCAGAAACGAGAAACUUUUGUGUGUAUUACAUUUUCAUUGUCAACUAAUCUUAAGCACUAUUAAGAAUACACAAUUCUUCUUA